GUCCACAGCAGUGUAGCCACAGCUCAGCAGCAGUAUGAAGGUGCUGGUGAUCGCAUCGCUCCUGGUGGCCGCCGUCAGCGCCGGAGGCGGGCACGGAGGCGGGCACGGAGGCGGACACGGAGGCGGACACGGAGGCGGGCACGGAGGCGGGUAUGGCGGCGACCACAGCGUGCCCACCUCCUACAAGUUCUCCUACGGCGUCGACGACCCGCACCACGGCCCCAAGUUCUCCCACAGCGAGAGCAACGACGGCAAGGCGGCCCAGGGCUACUACAGCGUGGCGCUGCCGGACGGCCGCACCCAGCACGUUAAGUACCACUCGGACCAGUACGGCUACGGCGGACACAACGCCGAGGUGACCUACUCGGGAUACGCCUCGCACGGCGGAAACGGCGGUGGAAACAGUGGUGGAUACGGUGGUGGACACGGCGGAAACGGCGGUGGAUACGGCGGUGGACAUGGUGGAAACGGUGGUGGAUACGACAGCGGAUACUAAAGUCGCUGCACAGCUUCCUCUUGUCGUAGAGAAUGUCAUUAGCAAGCUCAUGACGGGAUGUCGUGUUAUAUUCCAUGCAUGAAUGGCUCAGUUUUGGAUUGGAUACAGACUGCUGUUGCUCACGUCAUGCGUGGAAAUAAACGUUAAGUCUCGCAAUA